AGAAAGAAGAAAAGGGCAAAGAGGGACCGCCCGCGACGCGGCGGGACAAUGAACAGCUUUUUGAUGGAAGCGCCGUGGCUAAGCUAAGAGCGGUAGUGCCGUGCAACUUGCUGCUUGAUUAUUCAUGUAUUCGACUAGCGACUACUCUCCGACGCAACUCUCCGUUUUCGAUGCGCGCCCUACAUGCUGUCGAAUACAUUACGUCGCGAGCGGCGGAGAUAAUGCGACGGAAAGGCCGCCGCGCGCUUCCCCUCCUUUUCCGCUUCCUCGCGAACGUCACCCCCGUCGCAUUAGCGACCCCCCGGCUAUUUACGCCGAUCGAGUGGAGCGUGCAAAAUUCAGCGCUUAAUGCUUUCUUCGUUUCUCCGCAUCUCUUUCUCUCUGUCGUCUCGUCGGGCCGUCGUUUUACACGGGGCCCCCCUUCCCACGUGCUGCGAAAUUAAAAUACUGCGAAAUAAAAUUUGUAUUCCGCCGGUGACGGUACGCGGCCGGAGAGCGGCGCGGAAGCCGCUGGAAGAUACGAGGGAAAACAUUCGGCGCGAUCAAUCGAGAAUCGAGGAAGAUGCGAGACACCGAAGUGCGCGACAGAGCGUGUUUCCCGCUCGCAGCGCGAAGCUUACGGCGAGAUUCGCGCAAAAACUCGGCUCGAUCGAGAGAGCGACGUGCUCUCUCCUUCGUGCUUCCGUUACUUCCGCGCGCUCGCUCUCGCAACACAACGACAACUUUAAUGAACUUGGACGCAAAGUCGCUCACGCUUGCUCGCGGUGCGCUCGCGGAGGGGAGAGAGAACCUGUCAGACGGCCUUUAAUAUGUCUCGCUGCGCGUUUACGCUGCCGGAGCCGUUUAAAUGAGUUUAUGAUCGAUUUAUCGCUUUCGUCGCCGGAAGCGCGCAUCCGCCGGAGUAUUCAUUUCCGGGGAAAUUUAAGCGUCAUACGCACACGCGCGCGCGGUAACCGUGGCGAGUGACGUCACACAGGUGUAACCUUUAAAAGCUACCAUCGAAGAAAAUUACGUUGAUUACUGUCGUGGAUGAAAUUUCAUUGCGGUAUACAUUUUCUAACCUGGAAGUAAAAGAAGAAAACGCUAUUAAAUAUUCCAUUAUUAUUGAAUAUUAGAUGGAGGAGAAUUAGGAGAAGAGCAGGAAAGUUAUCGUUUGCGGCGGAUAAUUUAACAUUUAAUAAGAACGAGAGAAAAUUAGCAUGGGCUGAAUCUCAAUCUCUCGUGGUAGCCCUUAACCCUUCGGUGCACGUUUUUUUUUUUUUUUUUUUUUUUUUCUAACGAAUAUAAUUUUGUGAAACUUGUUGUACUCGACAGUUCUUAGGGUCGCCGAAUACAAAUCCGGUGUGAAAAAUACGAAAUUCAAAAUGGCGGAUCCAAUGAAGCGGACGAAAUUUUCGAAAUCAGUCGAAUUCGCUGGAAAUUUGUUGUUUAAGAGUUUCCGAGGUUGCUAAUUAUAAAUCGUCGUUAGGUCUCGGGCUUUGUGCAAAGAAUAAGUUGAAGAUCUUCGAUCAACUAUCGAAUAUUUACACUGUAAAAAAGCGCAAUUAAUAGCCAUUUUCAAAUUGAAUUGUUUCAAUUCUAUAAUUAUGCUCGCGCCAUAUGAGAUCCGCGUCAUUUUGAAUUUUGUACUUUUCACACCGCGUUCCUAUUCAGCGACUUCAAAAACCCCCGAGCAACAAGUUCCAAGCGAAUUUGACCGUGAUUUCGAAAAUUCCGUCCGCCAUUUGGAAUUUUGUAUUUCUCACACCGGAUUUCUAUUCAGCGACACCAAAGAAACUCCCAGAUGAUGAUCUUAAAGUAUACGUUAUUAUCUAAAAUUUCAUGUAAACGAAUUAUCCUCUAAAAACGACAGUUUUGUCCAGUGUUUUGCUCAGCUUAUUAAUAAUUACUUAUUUAAAGUGACUCCAAAACUUGAUGUAUUAGUUAAGGGAGCAUUUGAGUAGUCCAGCAAUAUGCAAAAAAUAUGCUAAAGAAAUAUGUGACAAAUUUAAAUUAUUGGGAAAACAGGCUUGGAUGAGAUAGAUGGAUCACUGUGCAGCAAAGGUUAAGGGUUAAAAAUCCGUCGCGUGACGUCGCGUCUUGCGCGCGCGCGCUCGCGCUCUUCCUUCUCAUAAAUGCAUACAAUCUUCGAUGAACGGUGAUAGACUUUGUAACGAGUUUACGCGGGUUCGCCCAAGUGGUUAUCACCGGGGUCGGCGGCAGCGGCAGCUUUCCCCGGCUUUUAAUUUGUUUCCCAAUUCCUCGUCGGCCGGCGCGCGAACGCGGCCCGGCCGCCCUUUCACAGCGGCCGCGUAUAAAUCCAUUUUUAUCAGGCGACACGUCCGAUCGAAAUAUCGCCGGCGGUAUAUCCUGCUGACGACGUUCGCCUAAGAGAAAGCGCCGCGGAUAUUGUUCCGGUCGUUUUUAUCGCGGCGAGUAUCGCGCGAGGGCGAGCCGCACACUGUGUGUAUGCGCGCGCGCGCGUGUGUGUGCGAGCAGGACAGGUGUGCACGCCAUUUUCUCCUCACUCGGCUUGUUUAUAUUAAUACGGGAUCGCACGCGUCCGCCGCGACGAGCAACGACAUUUCCGUCGCGACAGAGCUGCAAGUGUGCGUCGCCGACCGUGGCGGCUCCCGCGAGAGGAACCGGCCGCCCGCGAGCGGCGGCGACCUGGAGCCGCGCUCCAGGAGAGGAGGACUCGCCGGAGAAAGAGGCGGCAACGCACUACUCGUAUCGGCUGGCUCGUCUUCGAUGCGGAGACCGCGCCGUCAACAUGUUCGCAUGCCUGUGGAAUUUCUUCGACUGGCUCGACCAGCCGGUGACCAACUCGACGCCCGGGAUGGACAACAAGAAGAUUGUCCAGUCGCCGACGCCGCCCGUACCCGUCCAGGUACGUAGUAAGCACGAUGGCUCGGGGGUGGCGGCUUCUGUGUCGGGGGUGCGUAGACGGAGCGGCCCUCAAGGGCUGCGCUCGCCCGCCGCAAAAAGGCCCCUCUCCGCCCCCGUUGCACUUCAGGGCUGGUUACACAAGCAGGGCUCGGAGGGUCUCAUGCUCUGGAAGAAACGUUGGUUCGUGCUCUCCGAGUACUGCCUCUUUUACUACAAGGGCCCGGAGGAGGAGAAACUGCUCGGUUCGAUAUUGCUACCUUCGUACCGAGUGACCGUGUGCAAGCCGGAGGACAAAGUCAACAAGAAGUUCGCCUUCAAGGCCGAGCACGCGAACAUGAGGACUUACCACUUCGCGGCCGACAGCCGCGACAGCAUGAACCAGUGGGUGAACGCGCUGACUCUGGCGACUCUCCUGCAGGAUCCCAGCCCCGGUGCGGGCGAAGCCGCGGUGGUGAUCGAGAUAGCCGGGCAGCAGGACGGCGAGCGGAGCGCCAGGCCCAGCGUCUCGUCGAUCUCGUCGAUCCUGAACCAGAGCGCCGACGACAGCGACUCCGGCUUCCACGGCUUCCAGUCGCGCGACGACCCGAGCCACGCGUCCAACAACAACUCCAGCCCGAACAGCGCCAACACUGCCUCCUUCCCGAACCUGAGCGGCAGCAACAGCAACGGCAACUCCGCCGGCAACAACCACACGAGCGACUCGCAGUCGUCGCACCCGAUGAUGAACGGCUGGAUCCAGCAGUCGCCGCAGUACGGCCAGCCCGGCACCUCGCAGCCACCGCCGGCGCCGCCGGCGCCGUCGUCGCAGCAGCAGCAGCAGCAAUACGGCCACUUGCUGCCGUCGCAGCAACUGCAACCGGGCCACUCGCACCAGCACCAGGCGCUGCUGCUGCAACACCUGCCUGCGCAUCAGAACCCGGCGCUGCCGAGCGCUCACCAGACGUCGCACCCGCACAAGCACCAGGUGCUGCUGGUCCAACAACAGCCGCAGCCACAGUCGCAGCAGCAGCCGCAGCAUGCCGGCGGCGGCGGCGGUGACCGGCUGCAGACCGUCCAGCCCAUGUCCCGCAAGUUCGGCCAGCCGAUCUACGCGAACGCGCCGCCGAAGCCGAGGAGGCUGACCGACGGCUCCAACGAGUACUCGACGCCGUCGCCGUCGCCGGAUUACCGCAAGAGCCCGGUCUCGCCGGACGUCGUCACGGUGGCCAGCAAGAGCCCGAUGUCCGACUACGAGGCCGCCGCCGGCGGCGGCCGCAGCGCGAUCUACGCCGCGCGGAUCAACCAGCAGCCGUCGCAGCAGAGCCUGCGCACCGACAAGUCCGGCCUGAAUUACGGCUACGGCCAGACCCAGCCGACCGAGAGGAGGACUCCGGACACGUACGGCCGCAACGCGAAGCCCCGGCCCGCCGCCGGCAGGCCCAACGGCGACUACGAGGAGGUCUACGGCACCCCGCAGCUCUACCAGAGGCCCGCCGGCCCGGUCGGCUACACCAAGAGCACCGCGCCGGCGCCCAUCGCCAUCCCGCUCUAUGCGCAGCACCAGCAGCAGCAGCAUCUCCAGCAGCAGAUCAAGCCGCCCGUCACGCCGCCGACCGUGUCGAUGGUGAGACAAUCGUCCAGAGCCCAACCGCCACCGCGGCCACAUAGCGCGGACUUUCUCGAGUACGAGGCGGCGAGGAGACCCCAGCAACAGCCUGCGCAAUGCGAGAAACCCCCGAAUCAGCCGAGGCGCCCGCAGAGGCCCAAGUCUAGCUUGGACAUAGUGAACCCGUCGGACACGACCAACGACGGUUACUUUUACUCCGAGGAAAGGUACGCGGCGCAGAUGCGCCAGUCCGCGGUUUACCUGCACCAGACGCCUCAGCACUAUCAGCAGCAGAGGAAUCAGUCUCUGUCACGCGCGACGAUGCAGCCGAAACUGCCGGGCAUCCGCGACAAGCCCGACGAAAGUAGAGUAUCCACCUUGCCGGACUCGUCGUGCCCUGCGCUGAGGCGCUCGCAGCAGCGGGAUCACGUUCAUCAGCAGCACACGAUGCCCAGUCAGUCGCUGACGCAGAGACAUUCCGAGAUGCAGAGCGACCGACGUCGCUUCUCUCGGAUUCGAUCGGAGCGUCACGCUCGAGCGUUCGUUCCCACCAGGAUCAUGGGCGCCGAUCCGAAGCUGCGGAGAUCGCUGCGCGAGAAGAGCUGCGAGGCGAACGGCCGCGAGACGCUGGCGACGCACGUCGGCGGCGGCGGCGAUGACAACACGGUGCCCCGAAGAGUGCUGCCGCGCGAGUACGACGGGUGGGGAAGGACGACGGGCCACGGUGGCCAUGGCACUCACAUCUCACAGACGUGUCACGCCGGUUACGCAGGUGGCGGCAGGCGAUGGAGCGAGCAGCAGCAGUUCUGUAGAUCGGCGUCGGCGCGCCUGCCGAGGACGCGACAUCCGGCCGCCCUCGACCCGGACGACGACGACUACGCGGAGAGGUCCUCCGAGCAGGACUCGCGGGAUGGCGAGCGCAAGAUUCAGCAGCGCGAAGAGUCGAUGAAGCGGCUGCUGGAAUGGAAGCAGCGUAUGCUGCAGUCCCCGCUGACGCGCAAGCCGUCCGGCUCGGCGAACCGCGGCAGGGCGCAGAACGAUCUGUCGAGUUACUACAAGCAACAGGCGCUGCUGGACUUGGCAGCGCACGAGGCCGCCGUCGCGGAGGGCCGUCACUCUCGGCGGCGGGAGGACGGCCACCGCUCGCACAUCAGGAGCAAGAGCUCGGACGGCCGGCGGACCGCCGCCGCCAACGUGUCCCGCUACAACAGCUACUCCAGCGAUGACGAAGAGCUGGGGGAUGUCCGGAGGAAACGUACGCGCAGACCUUCGCAUGCAGGAAGGAGCCCCCGACACGCCGGCGACGACCGGCCACCGGCGACGUCGGCCGUCCAGGACGUCACGUUGCCCGCCGGCCGCACGAGCGUUAAUCAGCCGCACGGCCAAUCGCACAAGGCGCAGCUUAACGCUCGCUGCAGAGCCGGCCCGGGUGGAGGCGGCGCGCCCGUCGCGCUGUCCUCUCUGGGUGGCAUACCGCCGGACGCGGGUUACGACGAGGUGAGUUUCCCGCCGCCUCCGCCGCCACCGCCGCCGCCGCCGCCGCCGCCGCCGCCGCCGCCGUCGUCGUCGUCGUCGUCGUCGUCGUCGUCGUCGUCGUCGUCGUCGUCAAUAAGAAACGACGAGUACGCAUACGCAGCCGCGCUGUCGGCGGACAAGCGGUCGAGGAAACGGCCCGAGGAGGUCGCCUUCGAAGAAGCCGCGAUCAGGCACAAGAACAGCCCGCGGAAGCCGCCGGGAGGAAUCCUCAAGACCUCGAGCGUUUACGGUUUCGAGCGGCAAUUCGUCGACGGCGGCGACAAGACGGAGAACAGCGACGGCGGCGGCGGGCUGUGCGGUUAUCGCGCGGCCGACGCUUGGCACGUGGCGAAGAACGUGCAGUGGGACGCCAAGGAGGACAACGACGAGUGGGGGGACCCCGGCAUCGACGAGAGCAAGGUCAUCAAGGAGUUCUCUUACCAGUACAUCAGGCCGAAGGAAGCCGGCGACGCCAAAACGGACGAGAGGCAUGAGUCGAUGAACCUGGUGCAAUGCAGGAUCCGCUCGUUCGAGAUGAACCUCGACGGCGCCGCUUCCGAGAAGGAGGUGCUGUCCAUGCAGGAGCCGCUGAAGGUGUCGCCGUUGCAGGCGAUCGAGGCUCACAUCUCGAAGCUGGAGUGCUCCAACUCGAAGACUUCGUCCGUCAUACGCAGCUUCGCGCUCGGCGACCCGAACGCCGCGGAGAACUCUUCUAGGUACAAGAGCGUCGAGCAAGGCCACUCCAAGCAGGCUUCCAGCGACAGCAACAAGUCGGUGAAGGACCUGUUGGCGGACUUCGAGCGCAAGUCGCAGCAGGCCAACUGGCAGAAGUGCGAGAAGCGGCAGGAGGCGAAGCACCACGCCGAUCAUUGCGAGAGCGAAGCACUGCGCUACGCCGCCGCGAUCGGCAGCUUGGACCGCCGAGGACACAGGAGAACCUGUGUCGAGCGGGAGAAGCUCAUCAUGGACAAGGACAGCGACGACAGGGACGAAGAUCAGGUCGCGCAGUGUUUCACUGUGGACACCCUGUACGCAGAUGUUGGCAAGCAAAUCGACGGCUCCUCGAGGCAAGGUAAGCCGAUCGCCUCGGAGGACGGUCUAGCUGAGCGAUGCCUGCCGAGGCCCGCCGACAUGGACAUCGUCGUCUCGCCGGGUUCGCCGACGCGCGACAGGACUAGCGUGACCGAGUCCUUGCUGACGCACGGCGACCAGUUCUCCGGCGACAGUGACCAGCCGACCAGCUGCAUCUCGAAGCAGGACGACGCGAGUGUCGAGGAUCAUUACCUGCCUAUGACGCCCAGGAAAGCCAUACUCGACCCGAACGGCGACGACCGGCCGAACCCGAAGAUCAUGGAGAGCCUGUUCGCCAAUCUGGAGCACGAGGAGAGCUCUUACGUGGAGAUGUCGCAGAACGGGAUGAGUCGCUCGUUGCUGGCGCCAAACGGAGACGGCGACAAGCACGAUUCCGGCGACUACUCCACCCUGGACACGUCGCACUAUGAGCUGGUGUGCGUGUCGGACAGCAAGAUGGAGCCGGUGUACAUGGAGGUGAGCCAGUUGUCUGAGAAGGAGGACGAAGAGAGCGGCGGCGGCGGCGGCAAAAUGUCGACGAGGCGAAACAGCGCCAACGACGGCGCGACGCAUCCCCGAGCCGACCUGCCCGACAUUCUGACGGCGCUCAAGUCCGACAGUUCCGACGCCGACGACGAGUCGUCCAAGGACUUGGACUCGAUCGACGCGCCGCGGCACCCGCGCUUCAGCCUGUCCGACACUUUCCGGCCCGCGUCUUACUACCUGGGCGCCAGCCGCAACAUGAUCGCCGAACUGCACGACUCGUCGGACAGCGAGCUGGUGUCUCCUCCGCCGAUACCCACCUCCCCGCCUCCCCUGGACGACCUGGACUCGUUGGAGAUGCAGGAGUCGUUGGAGAUGAAGAAGGUCUCGCCGCAGGUGGCCACGGGCAAGGACAACGUCGCGCUGAGUCGCGACUCGCCCAAGUCCUGGAGCAAGCCGUUGGGUCAGGUGGAGGCGCACAGGCCGCCGUCGCGCUUCUCCGACGCGACCAUCAGCUCCACCUUCAGAGGCAGCAGGAUAUCGCUGGAGAGCACGUCAGGCGGCAGCGACACGGUCGAGCUGAGGAACGACGAGGAGGCGCGGCACAGGCAACUCAAGAGAAGACCCGUCAGCGACGACGUAUGCGGCGCCCUCGACAGCCUCGACGAAUACGAGUCGUUGAGCAGCCGCUUCGACGGCACGAGCAUUGACCUCGAUCAGUACCUGGAAGAGCUGCAGGCCCGGGACGCCUUCAACGUCGACCUCUACGCCAAGGAUCUCAGUUACAACAGCAUCUACGGCUUCAACGAGAACAUGCUGGUGGUGGACAAAUUGCAGAAGACCACUCACUGCCAGGACCUCACUAGGAAGAUGAAGCUGAUGUCGAGCAACCUCGACCGGCCGUUCGACUACGCCUGUAAGAACAAGACCGGCUCCGCGAGCAGCCUGCCGUCCAUGAGGGUGUCGGACCUGCCGCCAGCCCACCAACACUCGCAGUCCUUCACCGGAGACGCGCACUACGAGAACAUCACGAGCUUCUCGCCGCUUCGGGGCUCGCCGGCGAUCCGGCCGGACAGCGAACCGCCGCGCGACAACAACGUCGUCCACCGGCUGCAGAGCGCGCCGCAGAACGGCAGUGGCGGCGCGCUCGCCAUCUCGCACAGCAGGGACUCCAGUUACUCGCUCGCGUCCGCCGCGGCGUCCAUCGCGACGUCCAUGGCCUGCCAGAGGCCCGCCAGCGCGCAGUCCUUCAUGUACUCGCCCGUCAGCUCCGUGUCGUCGGUGAAUCACGUCGCCCUCGCGGCCAACCAGCUGCAGCAAAGCAACGUUGCCGCGGCGAGUCCCUACGCCGGCGAGCAGCCUCGUUUCCCGAAUCACUCGCGCUCCGCCAGCCAUGAGCUGUACGUGCGGCACACGCUGAUGCCGACGCCGAGCCACCAUCGCUCCACGUCCAGCCAGGACUGCAGUCAUUACCCGUGCUCGUUGGCGCCGCCGCCGCCGCUGCCGCUGCCGCCGCCACCGACGACGACACCGGUGUCGACGUCGUCGCAGAGCGUCGUCAAGCAGUCGGUGCUGCAGUCGUACCUGCCGAACGCCGGCGAGCAACGUGUGCUGACCAGUGCCGACCAAACCGGCGCGCCGUAUUACUACUCCGAUCUCCAGGCCAGCGUGAACAACGUGAACACCGAGCUGGCCAAGCCGACGAUCGGUCACAGCUCGAGGUUACCUCAGCUGAACAACCAGAGGGACGACGCGAGCGGCUUGAACAAGCGGAACGACAUCGGCCGCAUAGUGAACCCGAUCGCGCGGCAAAUGCCGCGGCGCAUUCAAGUGGACGACAUCGAGGAGGCGAGGCGCAUCGCCGCCGAGCUCAGGCGCACCACCUGCCAGUUGCUGGCCGACAACAAGGCCGCCCUCGUGGACAAGAGGAACUUCUACGAGGCGGACACGCUGCGUCGCGUCAAGUCCAUCGACCCGCUGCCGCCGGACGUGUCGUUGGCGGAAGUGAACGCCAGGAACCUGUACCCUCACGGUCUCAGGGAUAAGUCCGCUGAUCCGGUCACGGCCAGCACCGGCCACACUGCCGAGUCCAUAGCGUAUAUCGCGCAGGCGUCUCAUCGUAGAUCGAGGUCCCUGGAGGGACUGCUCGACGACGUCGGCCUGCAGAAUUUGAUGGAACAGCGUAACCGAGCGAACCGCUCGGCGGCGGCGGCGGCGGCGGCGACGGCGACGACGGCGGCCGCUACCGCCGCCGCGUUCUCGGCCGCUUCGGUCGACCAGCUGGAGGCGCCGAGGCAGAGCCUCGCGUUGGCAGCCGGCGACCACGCGGCCGUGAACGACAGCGUGAACUUCCAUGUGGACGACCCUUGGGAGCAGGACACCCUCUGGUGCGAGAAUCUCCGGAGGGUGAGCCUGCGAAACGCGCGUUCGCUGGAUAACCUGGACAGUCCACCGCGAGCCGGCGGCGGCUCCUCCUCCGGUGACUCCAAGUCACGCAGCAGGAUCACCCGCGGAGCGACCUACGUGAACGACAGCGUCGUCCUGCGCAGGGAUCACUGCGCGGACGAGCCACGCGGUGAACGAGCGCGAGUCAAACGCCGAACGAACAAGGAUCGCGAUCAUCUCGCGCGGGAACGCGCGGCGACGUUGGUCGACGACGACGACGACGACGACGACGACGAGGACGAGCACGAAGACGUGGACGAUGACGAGAACGACGUCGUCGCCACCUACGAGACCCUGUCGAUGGAGCGGAUCGGCGCUGGCGGUUACGUGUGGGACCCGCAGAACGAGGCCUACCGCAAGCCCAGCAGCCGCGCGGCCGACGCGACGAAUCAUUUUUUAGAAGACGGCAACCUUCCCCCGGCUCGCUCGAUAUCGGACGCCCGAAUGUCCGCGGCGUCGUUCGAGCUCGACCGAGAGAAGCUCCGCCAAUGGGACUUGUUGUCGAGCGCCUGCUUGCUCCAGGAACAGCAGCGCACCUCGAUGGCGGACUCGGGGCGAGGGUUGCCGCUCGCGGAACAUCCUGGAGACGCGCUCGAUUCAAGGCACGCUGUCGUCGCGCCGUCGUCGACGACGACGACGACGACGACGACGACAGCAACGACGUCGACGAUGAUGAAGACGACCAUGACGACGACGUCGACCAUGACAACGACGACGACGACGACGACGACGACGACGAUGACGACGAUGACGACAGAUACAGUGAUCGACAACGAGCGGUUAGACGUUGUCGCAAAGCUCGAUACCGCGGACGUGCGCAAUGUCUUGCCGAUGAGGACGAUGCCGACCAAGAAGGUGCAAGAGCCGAGGGAGCCGUGUAAACGGGCUGCAGCGUCCGGCUCGGGCUCCGUCAUAGGAAGGGAUCCGCUUCCGCCGAGGGCCGUCAGCACGUCUCAUCUGCCUCAAAGAACGCUGACUCAAGCGCCGACGGUAGUGUCCACUCUUCCGUUACCGAGAAGCAGCGCCGCCGGCCAUCAUCGGCAGCAGCCGCUUCCGCUCCAUCACUCCACUCCUCAGCACCAGUCUCUCAGACAGCUGGAGGACGAGCCGGCCACCUCGCAGAUGCUCAGGGCCGCCAGCAACGGCGACAUCCGCAGAGGCCCCGGCAUGGUUACCGGCAACGAGAUGAAAGACCUGAGGUUAGCAUCGCCGGGCGGUCAUUCCACUCAGCGAUUGAUCAGUCCGGUCGGACACUUGCGGGUCGCCUCGUUGAACGACCACCGUGUGUCCAGCCCGAGCGACAGCGAGAUACGCGUGCACAGUCCGAGCGAGAGAAAAAUGAUCAGCCCGAUCGGCAGGGAAGUCGACCGCGGCGGAGGCGCGACGGCGGGUCAGCGGCAAGGCCAGCAGCAGCAGCAGCAGCAGCAGCAGCAGCAACGGGCGCGGGACUGCAACGAGCUGCUGCAUAAAAGGAGUAACGUCAGCUCCCAGAGAGCGGAUGCUGGCGGCAGGGUGACGCAAGCUGGCGCUUCCGGCCUGGUGCGCGUGUCCGCCGGCGAGCUCCUCGGCAGGACCCACGAGGAAUUGGUGCUGCUGCUAAUCCAGCUGCGACGGCAGAACGCGACGGUCCUCAAGGCGAUGGAGACGUGCCACAUGGAGAUCGAGGCGCAGGCUAGACUGGCGGAGCUCGACACGCCGAGACGGCUGGAGAAUCUUCAGAAGCUCGAGGAACUCAAGAGACACCUGAUGGAUCUUGAGAAGCAGUACGAGAAGAGCAAGCCUCUCGUGAACCUCGUGGACAACAUGGUGAAACUGGGCUCCCUGUACAACCGCAACACUGCCAACGGGACCAGCAACGCUCCCGGCUCUCGGCACGAUCCGAUGCAUGAGAACGCGAGGGAUCACCGCGACCGUCUGGAGUUCAACCAGAGGGUGCAGGAGCAACGGCUGCUGGCGGAGGAGCGCAGGGACUGGGAUCGGCUGAGCCCGGAUCACGGGCAGCUGCAGGCCAAAGUGCAGCAACUCUACAAACUGGAUCGAUUGCUUCAAGAGGAAUCUGGCACGCUGCACAGUCUCCAACAAGACAAGGAAAUACUGGAGAAGGCUCUGGGCGGGCUGCGGCACAAACUGCAAGGCAGCAGGAGCAAUUUGGCCGAGGCCGAGCGAUAUCGGAAGCAGCAGCUCCUGCUGGAGCGCGAACUGAGCAGGGUGCGAGUGCUGCUCGCUCACAACUCCAAGGUAAAGCCGGUAUUCUUCCAGAAACUCGAGGAAACGGUGGCGGAGAACGCGAGAUUGGAGCAGGACUUGGUCGUGCUCAGGCAGAAGCUGCAGGCUUCCCGCAGAUACGCCGGCAACAUAACCCGAGACACCUCGAGUACUACCGCGCCAUUGGAGGCGGAACUAAGGCGAGUGCAGCAGCUCGUGGGCGACCUGCAGAGGCAGCGGAAGGAACUGAGCAUUCAAGUUCGCCAAUUGACGGAGAAAUCGCACAGUUUGGUGCAGCAAAUACGCCCGCAGGCCGCGCACGCCCCGCAGGUGCACCACCCGAAGAAGCGCACGCAGAACUCCUGGCUGGAGACCGACCUGGACUCCGGAAUAACCCUGGACCACGGCCUGGACUCGUCGUCGAGCCCGCCCUUGUCCGCGUCGCCUCCUAGCAAGCACAACGACAAUCCUCACCAACGCUACGGCUCGCCUACGCAAUACAAAGACUCGUCGCCGUUGAGUCGCCAUCCGAAUCAACAGCCCUACGCGCAGCCCUCGCAGAAUCACAUAUCGGCGCUGUCGCCGCAGCUGCGCGAGCAGAUCCAGCAACAUCAAUUGAAGCAACAGCUGCUGAAGGACCAGAUGCAGGGCAAGGGCAGCACGAUUCAAGUGGCGCCUCUCUACGUCAACACGGACUCCAGGGUGCCGGGUGAUUACAUCACCGACACGAGCAAGCACAACGGAAGCGUGCUGAACGGCGCGCCAAAUCCCGCUCCGGAAUACAUCCCGCCGCCGCCGCCGCCACCGCUGAGCGAGGAGGCACUGCUGUUGAAUGACAAUUACAGACAGAACGAGGACAACAAGUUCGCCGGUUUGAUGCACAAUCGCGAGAAGCAAGAGAUCAAGACGGUGCGCAUAGUGAAACGCGAGUCGGAGAGACGACAGAGGGACCGCGGCGACAGGACCGGCAACCUUGGGAUCCCGCUGACGAACGGCCUUCAGGCACCGGGUGGUGCCAAGAGACUGUGCGACGAUGACUUGGGAGGCUCCCAAAAAUUCGAGAAAGCGCAGCUGGGCAGGGUGGUGGAAGAGUCGCCGAUCGUCCACGCUCAAAGCACGGUUCAGCUGUCCGAGCUGGACGACGUUCAGUUCCAGAGGAGCAUGUCCCUCCCGCGCGGUUUCGGCGGGCAAAAGCAGCACUCCGGGGUGCACUACGGACCGGUGGUCCCUCCACCGCGCAGCGACAGCAUGCACGCCCUGAAGAGCAUGAUGGCACGACGGCACAAAAUCAGGUUCGAAAGUCACGACGGCAGCUCCGAUAGCACUUUGUCGCCGUACACGGACAGUACCACGUCCAGUUCUCACAUGGCGAUGAGCUCGCCCAACUACUCCACCACGUCGUCGUACAGCCCGAGCCAGAAUCCGAGUUACCCGCCGCAAACCGCCGCCGCGGCGCAGCCGCACCAUUACUACAACCCGCCCGGGCCUUACCGGCACUACGACGGUGCGGCGUCGUCGUCGAUCAGGCCGCCGGGCAUCCUCGCGGGCGCGAUGAGCCCCGAGCUAACGUCGCCGACGAACGUUGGCGUGCACGAGAGACCGGCGACGGCGAUCGCAGCGAUCGCUUCGGGCGCGCCGAGCACGAAGACGUCCGAGUCGCCGCAACUGUCGCCGGUGUUCAAGAGCGAGGCCGCCAAACAGAUAAUCAAAGAGAUGACGGAGAAGAGGGUGGAAGGGCCGCGACGAAGGCAGAUCCCGCGGGAGAAGAGGCGGCACUACACCGUGUCUAGUAGCAAACCGGUGCUCGACUUACAGGACACUUUCUCCAAGAUGGGCAUGGGUAGAGCCAGGGACGACUUGGACAUGGAGAGAGCGCUGAGACCGAGGAUAAACGCUCCCGACGUCGUGCGAUCGACGUUGAGCCACAAGGAGCUAAAGUACAAUGAGAGCACCAUAGACCAGCUGUUGGGCACGCCCAACAAAAUCGUCAUCCCCGAGCGGUAUAUUCCUGAACAGACGCCGGAAUUGACGGCGGAGGAGCAACAGCAACGCUUGAAGAAGGCUGAGGCGAUCAGGAAGAUGCUCUCGGAGACGACCGUGACCGCCCCGGAAGGAGGUGACGACGAGUCCAAUGUGGAGAAGUCAGACACCCUGAAGAGGAAAGUGGUGGAGGAAAAGCGGCAGCGGGAGCACAUUCUCCAGCUGAAUCAGAUAUUGGCGAAGCAAGUGAUGGAGAAAAGCAAAAUGGUAGCGGUGAAAGCUCUGGCAACGCUACCGCUGAAAACCGAGUCGAGCUUAGACGACGAGGACCUCUCACCCGUGGCUCCCUUGCCGCUUUAUCAGCAAAGAGAGAACUACUAUUCGUAAGCUGCUCCUAAGAGCGCGAAGAACCCUACUGCCAAUGCGAGGACGAGAGAAAGCGAGAAAGAGAGAGAGAGAGAGAGAGAGAGAGAGAGAGAGAGAGAGAAAACACGGAGGAACGUUCCUCUCCGGCGCGCUUAGUUUAAGAGGAAACUCGCGCGGGAAUUCGUGCGCUCAGCACCGAGCAAGCCCUUUCUUUCAUUCGCACCUCGAGAGACUGUACAUAAUCAUCGACUAAAUAAAACGAUAACAAAAGUAGCUGUGACAUAUUCGUUAAACGGUUAAGGAGCUCGUGUGACGCGGCGUCACGAGAGAACGUCGAUUGCAAGCUCACGGACUGUAAUUUCCGCACUUGCCGUGUGCGACGCGGAGAGCGGAGCGGACGCUCACCGCUCUCUCUCUCCGUGUUAUAUAUCAGACUGCGAGACAGCGAGAGAGACCUCGAUCUCGCGACGACCGCUUGUCAUUUUUUUACACCGACCUUUUACAUUCGACGCUGGGUGAGCGAGAGCGGCUGCCGCCGCCGACGUCUCGCAUACGAAAACGAAGUCACUCUUCCGCGCGACGGAUUUUCACGUCGACGCGCGGACUUUGGGAAACCUUUUAUCGCGUCUCUAUGCGCGCAACCGUGAAAGUUCUCUACACUUUUUUCGAAUCGAUGUAUGUAUUUAGAAAUGUAACGAGAGAGAGAGAGAGAGAGAGGGAGGGAGAGGGAGAGACGCGCUCGGUGCUCCUCGACUAGGAAGACUCCGACUCCGACGCGCGGUCGCGCGUCGUUUUACGUACAAUCAUUUUCACGAUGCGAAAGCACUUUUAUAUGACCGCGAGCGACGCGGUCGCGCGGACCGCCACCAAAGUCUGAGCGCAGCAGCAGCAGCAGAAGUCGUAGAUCUCGAACGGCGCGGGACGAGAGCUCGUCGUUCGAGCGACGCGACGUGCGAGCGUCGCGAGUUAUUGGAGGCAGGGAGAGAAGGAAGAGAGUCGAGCGCGGGAGAUAUCAAUAUAUCAGCGCAGCGCGCGAGACGCCCUUAAGGGGGGGAAUUACAUGCGGAAGACCGUUUUCGAGUCUGUUUUUACGAAUUCUUUCAACAGAAACAGUAAGAGCAAUGGACUUGAAAUUUCCACAGUGUAUUCAUUAACGUCCAAAAUAUAAAAUAAAUUUGGUUGAAUCACAAGAACCGAUCCAAUUUGCAAUUGUAGAUAAAAAUGCAGUCAUCCGUUUGCGAGCUCUAUGUUUGCUGUCAACAUAAUUCCAGAUCUCUCACUACUCUGAAACUAACUAGUAAGAAAGAUUUUUAAAAUGUUCGACUGCCCAUUAUAGCCCGUAGCAAAAUGAAGCCAGGUUUGGAAGAAUAAUGACUGUAAAAAAAAAUAGUAUCGAAAAUGAAACUUUUUUCAACUUGUAAUCAUGUUUAAAAAAAUGAAUAAAAUAAAAUAUAACUGUGUUCGAGAUAGGUGCGAAAACUGCAUGUCUACUGUAUAUUGCGCAAAAAUUUCAAGUUAUUCGGUUCAAUAUUUCUCUUGCGUAAUCGUGUCGACAGUUUGAGAAAAUGGUGUUUCCAGAUAAACGCGAUUAAAGUUUUAUGCGUACUUUCCAUAUGGAUAGUAACAAAUUUAUUUUAUACCUUGAACAUUAGUGAGUACACUUUUGAAAAUUUCCAAAAGUCCAUUGAUCCUACCGUUUCUGUGAAAAAUAUUCAUGAAAACAGCGUUGAAAGGCGACUUGCUCCGCGUGUAAUUUCGCCCUUGAGCGCGUUGAGAGAUCGAGCCUCGAUAGGGAUCUUACUCGCCGAACUCGAUUAUCGGAGGGACAGGGGCUCUCGGAUCCCGAGGGAUUCGCCGAGCGCGGCGUGAUUAGCGUGUAAACUAGAUUGUAAGGAGCGCAUGAUACACACGCUUGCGAGACGCCCGUUACUGUUAGCGUUGUACGCGAUUUGCCACGGGCCAUUUUAUAGCAUGGCAUCUUAAUGUUUAGAGCAGAGAGUUGCGUAACGCAGAGAGUCGCGCGGGACGGAGGUGUGUGCCAAAUAGUCGCGGCGGCCGGCGACGAGCGAUCGAGCUCGCGACCGAAGCAACCGAAGUCGAUCGUCGAUCGACGGACCGCCGCCGUCCUCGGGAGAACGAGAAACGCGGAGCAACGCGGGUAAACGCGCGCCGACGGCGACGAGGCCGUAAGUCUGACUGUAAAAAGGAGUCGCGAGACGCGCUCGCGCGCAACAUCGGCGUGCCUCUCGUUUCGUUCGCUCGACCCGACCGGGUUUCAUCCGGACUCGUCGAACCGGACUCGAGACCCGCUCUCGUUGAGAUGCGUUCGUAACGGCCGGCGUAAAUACCGUCUCGCGAACGGCAGGGAGGAGAAUUCGGCCCACGGUCGAAUUGGCUCCCCUUAAUCUGACCGGAUUAAUUAAUCCACCGGCGGCUUAAUUCGUCAACGCGGAAGCGAAUUUCCGCGGGCGAGAUUGCGAGGUUCGGAUCAGGCUCGAUCGGCUCGAACCUUCGUCCGGUCGAGCCAGGCCUACGUCGAGCUGUUGUCUCGUCGAUCACUGUACCCCUCUCUAGCAUCAAUUUUUCUUUCCCUUUAUAUUUCGUUCGUCGAGAGAUAUAUUCUCAAUGUGGUAACCGCUUGCGCGCUCGCUUUUAUAGCUAUAACGUCUCAGUUGUUUGUAGAAAUUAAUUUCGGAUUAUUAACCCUUCGGUGGUGCGAAGCGUCUGUCAGAUCAGCCUGUCUACCUGAUCUCUCCGCGCGUUGAGGCGCAGAAAAAUUGGAGAUUUAUUGUACCUCACUCUCUUCGCAAUAAAUUUGUACAUAGACAUAGGCAUUAUGCACGCGUUUGUUUAAGUGUACACCUUCGCUCGCGUUAGUGCUCGUCGGAAAAGGGAGAUUUCUUUCGGGCUGCUGUCGACAAGGAAUUACAAAACCGGCAACCACCGAACAGUUAAUAAUAAUAAUAAUAAUAAUAGUUAUAACAAUAAUAAUAACGACAACAAUAACGAUAAUAAUAAUAGUAAUAAUGAUAAUAAUAAUAAUAAUAAUAAUAAGAAAGAGGCGGAGGCGUUCCUCCAUUCCCAGGCAGCGCAAGACUUUCCGGAAUCAUCCUGAGUGUGUCCAGGAUGUUCCCCAGGCGAGCGUCCUGAAACCGUCUCGACCCGAGAUGUGAUCUCAGGACACUGUGCCAUCUGGGUUUUAUAAUCACCAGCGGCACACACGUACACAAACAUACACACACACACACACACGCAGGAAAUCAUGAAGAAACUCAUUAUUUCCCAGAGACUAUAGACUCACCCCUCCUCCCUCGAGUAUCCACCCCGGUGUUGGAGAAAUAAUGAUGACGAUGACGAUGCUAAUGAUGGUUACGAUGAUGGACCGGCGCCCUUUAUUGAGUGUCUCUCCCUUCUUCGUUUUUUAGAUGUCCAAUCCCGUGUGGCACGCAGUAUCACUCGCGGCGAUUUAGCCAUUAGGCAUUCUACACGUUCUCGGCCCCCCCCCCUCCCCUCCACGAGUUCGUAGAGAUAAGUUUUUAUAACGACGAUAAUAUUACCCGCGCGCGUGUGACACAAUCCGCGAUCGUCGCGAUCGCGCGCGCGGCGGGACACGCGAAUUAUUGUAAAUACAAUUUUAUCGUGUACGCGGCGAUAACGCGACGCGACGCGCGACGAAACGACUGACGCGAAAACGAGCGGCUGCCUUUUCGCGAUCGCGCGCCGCAACUGAAGUUCGCCGCGCGCCACGUACCGACGUCGAGAAUCGCAGCGCGAGCGAGCGAUCGACCGAUCGAUCGGUCGGUCGGCGCGCAAUCGAUAUCGUUUCGUCGCUGAUCUCAAACGGUGGCGCGAACCGGCUCGCAGGAACCACGGCAGACGCGCGCGCGGCACCGAUGCGAUACUCUAUUCGUAUAGGCCAGGACACUACGCGAAUUAACACGAGAACAAGAACUGUUAUUGUUAUAAUGAUGAAAUAAAAAUCGUACGACGAA